AUGAAACAAUAUUUAUUUACAUAUAUAAUACAUUUGUAUACGGUAUCUGUAUAUGGUAAUAAUGUACCUGCUCUUUGCCUUUUAAAGAUUCAUCUUCUACCAAAGAACUACAGUUAAAAACAAUGACCAAUCGAGAACGGUAGUUAAGCCAGCUAGUAGAGGGGUGAGGCAUGUUUUACCGGCGACAACAGCACACGGUAUGCAGAUACGAAGCCGGGGUAAACCGGGAAGCCGUAGUUCACGGGACUGUAGUAAACGUGAUAACUCCGAACAGUCAACGACACUCGGAAGCCGCAUGAAAAUGCGGCUGCUGUUGUUUCAAAUAUCGCCGUUGUUGUACCUGCUGAUGGAAACCGGCGCAGCGGGGAUCGGCAAAGCAUGGCAGAUUCUUCCGUACGCGACCGAUUAUUGGAAUCACCCAUCGUGGCCGCGGCUCGACUCUUCUGCGUUCGAAGUUCGCAGCGUGAGCGGCGUCGGUCAUCUCAGCCCUUUAGAAAUCACUCAAAGCGAUCCGAAGAAACUCCAACACCAACCAAAUACCGUUCGAACAUCCGAAACACGCUCUGCGUUUAACCAGAAGCACCACGAUCGAUUGGAGCCAAUCUUCGAAGACUCGUACGAGACGAACAACGCGAAAGUCGAGGACAAGAUCCUUGGAACAGGGAUAGCGAAGACCGUAUCACGUCCAGAAGAUGACAAAAAUCCGUCCAAGGACGAGGCAGUGAAAACUGUGUCGAGGGGACGCCGCGACACCGAGAACGAAACGAAGCUGGAACAAAUAUCUAGCAGUAAGAACGUUCGAGAGGUACGUUUAAGCUCGCCGGAGAACUGGUCCACGCAACCACUGUCUAUCGAGUUCUCCCACAGAACUGGCUUGGAUCAGAUGAUCCAGCAAACCGUGGACGACGAGGAAUUGCCAAACGCAAGAGGUUACCACGCUCCGCGUGCCGAUUUCGUGACCAGUCCGCAUAGAAGAAGUUACGAGUAUCGAGAAGCGAGAGACAUGCCAGUUACGAGAGGUUACGACGACUACGACGUCCCGUGGUACAGAAGCGUCGUCAGGGACCGAGACUACGAUCCUCCUCCUGCGUAUCGUCGUGGCUACAAUUACUAUUAUCCCGAUCGCUACCGUAUAGAAAGAGACUACUACAUGCGCAUCCCACCAAACGAUUAUUCGUACUAUUACGAUCGAUACAGGGACGAGGAUUUGGAUCUCUACGGUCGGAGCAGGCCCACGCCUAAACCCAAGAGGAUCAUCUACUACGCCACACUUCCGGAAAUCGUGAGGAAACCGGUGGAUCUGAGAAACUAUCCUAGACCGUACGACGGGACUAGAACCGUGCCAGUUUCUAGAGAUGGAAGUUACAAACGUAUCCCGGGGAACGUUGACCCCAACAGAUAUCGAUACAGACACCUUUACGAUGGUUACGACAACUACUCGAAGAGAUCGAGCUUCGUCGAGAGGCCUUAUCCUUAUGCCGAAGAUAAGGAGGAGAGCCGUCGUAAAGCGACGCUGGAGAAUCUUCGGAAUAACGACCCGUAUGAUCAAAACGGGGACAGGAAGUUGGCCAAUCAGAUCUCGGUGAGGAACGACGGAAAGCUGCCCUGGCCGGUACAGAUCGGGACGGAAGUGAGCGUGAAAGAUAACGAGAGAAUCUCUGGAAGGAAGAUCUUUGGCGAGGGUAACGGGUACGAGAGAUUCCAAAGCGCCCAGUUGCAGAAGGCACCGGACGCGACUGGCUCGAGCGAGCUGCAAAGCGAUUAAUUAAAAUCGUCGGAUGAAUUUCGUUUAGUAGCGGACUCGAUCGAGAAGGAUCCUGGAUGCCGUUCACUUGCUUUCUACUGAAUUCUGACAGACAAUCGCAAACAUUCUAACAACAACAAGGAUAGUUUGCAAAUUGGAAAAUUCGAAAAUGUUUGAAAUUUUCAUAUAAAGACAAACAGGAAAGAAAACAAGGGAUGUCUUAAUAGUAAAUAAUGUUUUAACGUUUACUGUGUAAACCGGACCUAAAACAAUAUUAAUUUCUUCUAGGAUUUCUCUGUUUCUUUAAAUUAAGCAUUUGUACAUCUUUUC